GCCAUGUUUAUCUUCUGUGAGCUGGUGAUGCUGAUACUUGCACUGACUCUUGAUGGUCAAGUUCAUACGGGGAAAAUCUACGGAGGUCGAAAGGCUGCGCCACAUAGCAGGCCAUACAUGGUGCUGUUAGAGCGGCACAUGGAGGAUGACAGUAAAAGACACUGUGGUGGCUUCCUUCUGAAUGAGGAUUUUGUGAUGACUGCAGCCCACUGCCAAGCCAAGCUCUACUCAGUUUUACUUGGAGUUCACAAUGUCCAUGAAAGUCAUAACAUACAGCGUAUAUCUGUGAAAGAAGUAUUUCCAAAUAAAGACUACAAUGAAACUGAAUUAAAAAAUGACAUAAUGCUUCUUAAGUUGAGCUCCAAGGCAACUUUCAGCAAAAAUGUGAGCCCCAUUCCUCUCGCAGGCAAUGACCAUGGCUCACUGCCAAAAUCAUGUACAGUCUCUGGCUGGGGAAGAAGCGACAAAAACGUGAAGUUUAUGUGUCAUGUGCUCAUGGAAGUCAAUGUAACACUCAUUGAAAAUGAGAAGUGUGCUGCAGAUAAGUUGUACUGCUCUGAGGGAGAGACUGGACCAGCUCAGGGAGACUCUGGUGGUCCAUUGGUCUGCAACGAUGGCAAGGCGUACGGGGUGGUGUCCCACACCGUCACACCAGAGUCAGGUGGACCACAUCUACAUGGCUAUGCCAAGAUAUCUGACCACAGGAGCUGGAUCAGCUCAGUCAUGAAACUGAAAAUUCCCUAAUGCAUGGAAAACUUGACUGACCAGAACAUUAGACUUUAUAGAUUUUUUGUGUAACACUGGAGUUCAGUGCUUGAUUGAGAUAGAUUUAGUUGAAAUGUGCUUUGCUUUGAUGGUAGCAAAUGAUUUAUGUCUUUAUUUGGAAAGCUCAGUCAAAAGACGGACAAUACAUGAUAUACGUGUAUGUACACGUCUCUGCUGUAUUAGAUCAACAAAAAA